CGUCAGCGGGGAGGGCAUUGACCUCUGAUGCCAUCGUAGCUGGGUGGCUGCAUCACAGCUGGACAUGGGAAAAAACAUCCAGAGAGAGAGAGAGAGAGAGAGAGAGAGAGAGAGAGAGAGAGAGAGAGAGAAGGCAUGUUUGAGUUGAGAACUUUCUUUCUUUCUCACUGCUGUAUCCUGUAAUCACCCCAUCCUGCCUAAAUAUGACUUUUUUUUUUUUUUCCAACAUCUGCUCAUCCUCUCGUUCCCCUUUUUUUCCACCCUGGUCCCCACAAAUAAAACUGAGCUGGCAGGAAGGAAUGGGGCAACAAAAAUGUUUAAAGGGGCAUCACCAUGGAAACCCACUAAAGUCACAUGGUACGAAUCCUUUUUUUUUUAAUACCCCCCUCUCGUUCUUUGGAGAUGCCAGUGCCACAAUGAGUGCCAGGCUGAGAACUUUGAGCUCUGUGUUGCAUCUUAACAACACAUAUGAAGAGAACGACAGCAGAAACAUCGCCUACGAGUUCAGAGUGUUCAACAUCUCCAUGCUCUCACUGUCUGCGUGCGUCCUCACCGUGACGGCCAUCGCGUGCUGCGUCUCCUACGUCAAUCGCUGGAGGCGAUGGAAGCGAGUGCGUGAGUACGAAAGCGCUGUGGCUUGUGACCUGGACGAGGAGUCGGUGAACCUGAAGGACGUCCAGAAGUCACAGAGUUUGCACAAGUCACUGCCAGUGCUUCGGCGACUGGAAUCGUUCAGGAAGGACAAGUCCAAUAUUUACUACAUCUACACCACCCCACUUCCCGUCCGAUGCCAUGACUACCACGAUGCUGAUAACAACGUUCGUCCCACGCACACCACACCGACUCUAACUGACCCCAGAGAUGGUAUCAUCCUGGACCCACCCACUUUUUAUAUGCGGCUGCAGAACUCAUAAUGUUCCAGCUGAUUAUUUAUGGGGGUUUAUUUACAUGUAUUUGUAAGGCUUGUUGAAGCGUUCCAACACAGCGGGUUAAAAUUUUGAGCGAGUUGGAAUGUUACAAAUAAAAAUGGGAAUAACACGGGAAUCUGCAGGACUGUGUGGAACGUUCCAAGUCAACAAAAAUGAGGUCAGAAUUGUACCGGGGUAAAAAAAAAAAAAAAACAUCACAAACUGUAACCACU